AUGGCCGCUGCCCGCCCCGCGCGGGGGCAGGCGCUCCAGCUCCCGGGGCUGCUGCUGCUGCUGCUGCUGCUGGGGGGCCCGGGCCGAGGGACGGCCUUGAGCGGGAAUGCUACUGGGCCUGGGCCGCGGAGCGCGGACGGGAGCGCGAGAAGGAGCGCGGCCGUGACCGGCCCUCCGCCGCUGCUGAGCCACUGCGGCCGGGCCGCCCCCUGCGAGCCGCUGCGCUACAACGUGUGCCUGGGCUCGGCGUUGCCCUACGGGGCCACCUCCACGCUGCUGGCGGGGGACUCGGACUCCCAGGAGGAAGCGCACGGCAAGCUCGUGCUCUGGUCGGGCCUCCGGAACGCUCCCCGCUGCUGGGCAGUGAUCCAGCCCCUGUUGUGUGCUGUGUACAUGCCCAAGUGUGAGAAUGACCGGGUGGAGCUGCCCAGCCGCACCCUCUGCCAGGCCACCCGGGGCCCCUGUGCCAUCGUGGAAAGGGAGCGGGGCUGGCCUGACUUCCUGCGCUGCACCCCAGACCACUUCCCUGAAGGCUGCCCGAAUGAAGUGCACAACAUCAAGUUCAACAGCUCAGGCCAGUGCGAAGCACCCUUGGUUCGGACAGACAACCCCAAGAGCUGGUAUGAAGACGUGGAGGGCUGUGGGAUCCAGUGCCAGAACCCACUCUUCACUGAGGCCGAGCACCAGGACAUGCAUGGCUACAUCGCGGCCUUCGGCGCCGUCACGGGCCUCUGCACACUCUUCACCUUGGCCACAUUUGUGGCUGACUGGCGGAACUCGAAUCGCUACCCUGCUGUUAUUCUCUUCUACGUCAACGCAUGUUUCUUUGUGGGCAGCAUUGGCUGGCUGGCCCAGUUCAUGGAUGGUGCCCGCCGGGAGAUUGUCUGCCGCGCAGAUGGCACCAUGAGGCUCGGGGAGCCCACCUCCAACGAGACCCUGUCCUGCGUCAUCAUCUUUGUCAUUGUAUACUACGCCCUGAUGGCUGGCGUGGUCUGGUUUGUGGUACUCACCUAUGCCUGGCACACCUCCUUCAAAGCCCUGGGCACCACCUAUCAGCCUCUCUCGGGCAAGACCUCCUACUUCCACCUGCUCACAUGGUCACUCCCCUUUGUCCUCACUGUGGCAAUCCUUGCUGUGGCCCAGGUGGAUGGGGACUCCGUGAGUGGCAUCUGCUUUGUGGGAUACAAGAACUACCGAUACCGUGCUGGCUUCGUGUUAGCCCCAAUUGGCCUGGUGCUCAUUGUGGGAGGCUACUUCCUCAUCCGAGGAGUCAUGACUCUGUUCUCCAUCAAGAGCAAGCACCCUGGGCUGCUGAGCGAGAAGGCUGCCAGCAAGAUCAACGAGACCAUGCUGCGCCUGGGCAUUUUUGGCUUCCUGGCCUUUGGCUUUGUGCUCAUUACCUUCAGCUGCCACUUCUACGACUUCUUCAACCAGGCUGAGUGGGAGCGCAGCUUCCGGGACUACGUGCUGUGCCAGGCCAAUGUGACCAUCGGGCUGCCCACCAAGAAGCCCAUCCCCGACUGUGAGAUCAAGAAUCGCCCAAGCCUCCUGGUGGAGAAGAUCAACCUGUUUGCCAUGUUUGGGACCGGCAUUGCCAUGAGCACCUGGGUCUGGACCAAGGCGACACUGCUCAUCUGGAGGCGCACCUGGUGCAGGUUGACUGGGCAGAGUGAUGAUGAGCCCAAACGGAUCAAGAAGAGCAAGAUGAUCGCCAAGGCCUUCUCCAAGCGCCGUGAGCUGCUGCAGAACCCAGGCCAGGAGCUCUCCUUCAGCAUGCACACCGUCUCCCACGAUGGGCCUGUGGCGGGUUUGGCCUUUGACCUCAACGAGCCCUCAGCAGAUGUCUCCUCUGCUUGGGCCCAGCAUGUCACCAAGAUGGUGGCUCGGAGAGGAGCCAUACUGCCCCAAGAUGUGUCUGUCACCCCUGUGGCAACUCCAGUGCCCCCGGAGGAACAGGCCAACCUGUGGCUGGUUGAGGCAGAGAUCUCCCCGGAGUUGGAGAAGCGCCUGGGCCGGAAGAAGAAGCGGAGGAAGAGGAAGAAGGAGGUGUGCCCACUGGCGCCACCCGCUGAGCUUCACCACUCCACCCCUGCCCCUGCCUCCAGUGCUGUUCCUAGACUGCCUCAGCUGCCACGGCAGAAGUGCCUGGUGGCUGCAGGAGCCUGGGGAUCUGGGGAAUCCUGUCAACAGGGAGCCUGGACCCUGGUCUCCAACCCCUUCUGCCCAGAGUCCAGUCCCCUUCAGGAUCCAUUUCUGCCCAGUGCCCCAGUUCCCAUGGCCUGGGCUCAGGGCCGCCGACAGGGUCUGGGGCCUAUUCACUCCCGCACCAACCUAAUGGAGGCAGAGCUCAUGGAUGCAGACUCAGACUUCUGAGCCUGCAGAACCGGACCUGGGUCAGGAAAGAGGAACAGAUACCAUUACAAGGCUCUUCCUCCUCCCUGAGAUUCCCUAGGAUCUCGUCUUCUGGAGAACCUGUGGGUCACUGCCCUCCCAGGAGAGUUCUGUGUGUCUGGCUCAAAGCAGCAGGACUGUGGGAAAGAGCCUAACAUCUCCACAGGUAGCCUCACCCCGGGGACAGGGCCCUGGAACUCAGGGUCCUCGUAUCUGCCCCACCAUCUGGCGUCUGGCUGGUAGCAUCAGUCUCCAGCAGGGUCAUGGGGUGUGCAGAGCUUGUGGUGGGGCAGUCAUGCCAGAUGCAGGGGUGACAGUGCCUGGAAUGGGCCGUGGUAGCCAGGGAGGCAGCCAAGGCCACAUCUGGUGGAUGAGGGCUGGGUGCUCUUUUCCAUGCCAGUGGUUGCCCUUUUCUGGCACUCUAAGACCAAAAGUGUUUAUUGCGUCAUUAGCCCUUUGUGUAAGUCGGGACAGGGCUCCCUUCUUACUCUUCCAGGUGGUUGUGGGGCUGGAAGUGCCUACUCCCAAAGGAGCUAUCACCUUUCUUAACAGGUGGCCCUAUCCCAAAUCCAUCCUCUUUUCUCCUGCACCCUCCUCCCCUGCCCUUUUCCCAUUUUGGUUCAACCAGACCAACCUCUUCCUGUUUCCUGUUUGUUGAUUAGAACUCAGAGCUGCAAAACACACACACACACACUCUCUCUCUCUC